AUGGCAAUUAGACCGGAGCAUUUGGCUCCUCCGGAAAUUUACUAUGGCGAGGAGGAAUCCCGUAAAUACUCAGCAAAUUCCCGAAUUAGGGAAAUCCAAAGCCAAAUGUCGGAAAGAGCACUGGAGAUGUUGCUGUUACCAGAAGAUGAGUCGAGCUUAAUUCUGGAUAUCGGAUGCGGAACAGGCAUAAGCGGCGAAGUAAUAUCGAGUUUUAACAACUUCUGGGUCGGCCUGGACAUUAGCGAACACAUGUUGCACGAAUCCUUAUUUAAUACCAACGGGAGCGGUGACAUGAUACUGUGCGAUAUUGGACAAGGGUUCAACUUUAGGCCGAACAUGUUCGACGGAGCAAUAAGUAUCAGCGUUAUCCAGUGGCUAUGUAUAUCAAACGAUAAGUCGCAAGAGCCAUAUCAAAGACUGACAACAUUUUUCAAAUGGCUCUACAAAUGUUUAAACUAUAACGCGAGAGCAUGCCUGCAGUUCUACCCAGAAAACGCAGAACAGUUGGAAAUGAUACUGUCAGUAGUUAAUAAAUGCCACUUUAACGGAGGAUUGGUAGUGGAUAAUCCAGACUCAGUGAAGGCAAAAAAGUACUAUCUGUGCAUAUGGACAGGAAUUGGAAACGUACAAUACAAGUUGCCAGAGUCUAUAGUCGACGAGGAAGGAGAAGAAGGGGAAGUGGAAAUACUUAAAAACGUAAACAACAAAAGAACUAAAAAGAAACACAAGUUAAACUAUAAAGACAGAAUCAUAAAGAAAAAACAACAGCAGAUGAACAGGGGGUUUCAAAUAAGGCCGGAUACGAAGUACACAGGAAGGAAAAGACCAACAUCGUUUUAA